GGCUGCAGCUUGAUAUCACUCAGUGACUUAAUCUCUCUCUCUCUCUAACAUUUUUUCCCCAGCUGUACUUAAAGGCAGCAUUGCUCACACCGGGAGAGGAGCUCUGGUGAACCGUUUCUCACCGGCUUACGUCUCUCCUCUUGUGGUGUGAGGACAGGACGGUAUUAUGAGCUGAAGAUUUCCUGCAGUGUUAUGAUGGUUUGUGAGCUGUUUAAAGGGUGAGCGGCUCCUUACGUGUGUGUUGCUGGUGUUAGAAUAGAUUUAGCUUUUAGUUUUGUGUUUUAUUUUUUAUUUUUUAUAGGUCAUAUAUAUAUAUAUAUAUAUAUAUUUUUUUUUUUCCUAAAUUCCCGUCUUUAGUUUUAUCUUCUCGGAUAGGCUACUCGUUGUUUAGUGGAAGCUCAAUGACGCUGGUGUAUUUGAAUUUUGUGCCGGAAUAGCGACACAUGUUCGGCAGAUAGGCUGCUCCCCGUGUCACCUAAAAGCAGCCGGUACCGGACAUUUAUUACAAAGUCAGAGAGCAGAAGAAGGAGACGCAACAUGUUUGACGCUUCAGGGAUCCCGCUGGUCGUGCUGGACGUUACCUGCCUUAUCCUCGCUGGACUUCCAUUUUUCAUCCUCACCCCUCAACACAACCCUUUCAAACGGGGUUUCUUCUGCAACGAUGAGACGAUCAGAUACCCGCUCAAAGAGGACACCAUCUCCUACCAGCUGCUGGGAGGAGUCAUGAUCCCCUUCACUCUCAUUGUGAUCGUCUGUGGCGAGUGCCUUUCUGUUUACCUGUGUCGCAUCAAGAACCAGUCCUUGGGGACUAAGUAUGUGGCCUGUGUCUACAAAGUGGUGGGGAGCUACGUGUUCGGAGCUGCUGCUAGCCAGUCUCUGACGGACAUUGCUAAGUACUCCAUUGGCCGCCUGAGGCCACACUUCCUGGCUGUGUGCAAACCGUCCUGGGAUCGCAUCAACUGCAAAGCCGGUGGAUACAUCGAGAACUUCACCUGCAAUGGAGACAAGUUUCUAGUAGAUGAAGCCAGGUUGUCCUUCUUCUCCGGUCAUUCCUCCUUCUCUAUGUACUGCAUGCUGUUCCUUGUACUGUACAUUCAAGCCAGGCUGAAGUCGGAGUGGGCGAGGCUCCUGCGUCCCACCAUCCAGUUCUUCCUGAUAGCCACUGCGGUGUAUGUGGGUCUGUCCCGGGUGUCAGACUAUAAACAUCACUGGAGUGAUGUGCUCGCCGGCCUCCUGCAAGGGGGUUUGGUUGCUAUUUUCACAGCGUUCGGUGUGUCAAAUUUUUUUGAACAGCCGGUGGAUCCGGUGGUGUCACAAGAAGAAGCCUCACACACCAGUUUACAGGAAAACCCUUCCAAUGGGAACCACUACGGCAGCACUGAGUGAACCUGAGGCCUCAGAGACAAAACUGCGUGACUUUGUGCAUUCAAAUUGCCACGGACGACCCAAAAUACACCAAAGAGCUGCAAGUGCUUCAUGUUAUGCUGGCUGCCUGUUACUGUGCAUUGCUUGGGCACAGUUUGCUCCAUGUAGCAGACGCCGCAGGCUGUAACUGCUACCUUUGGUGUGGUCACUAAACUUUAAAUACAGGAAGAAAAAAGUGCACUACCGAAGACAGUACUCUCAUUUUACUGAGAUGUAAAGACGACAACAUUUCUGCCAAGAUUUCCCGAGAUCCAACAUAAUACAGUUUAUUAUGGAAAUAGAAAACAAAACACGGCAUGUUGGGAUUACCUUAGGACAACUUGCUUUUUUACAGUGUGAGCUUGUUGAAAAUGUGGUUUCUAGUGUAUAUUGGUGUGCUGUUGCUAAUAUUAUGACUGAAUGAAAUUCCUUUUGCUCAGAAUAUAAUGAGCGUCUGUGUCCGCACUGCAAGCAGGCUUGAAGGAAGCCUGGCACCACCUGUGAAUGAGAAAACCUGGCCUGUCCUUAAACUUAAAAAAUGGAGACUGAACUCAAAAAUAAUAUAUUUCAUGUUGAUUUUUUUGCCUUAGAGUCAGAUUGCUGCUACCUGCUAUCAUGUCCUUGUUGAUAUUUAUUGUAUAAAAAUACAAUAAUGCUUUGAUUUUUUAUUUGAUUUUAAUAGACCUUCAUUGAUUACUUUUCUACAGUUUGUAUGAUGCUCUGUAUGCUUUUUGCCCACAUGGAAGCUUUAAAACCUUAUUGGUCAGAGCAGCUCUGAUAAAAAAAAAAGUUUUGACAAAUAAAAAGUUCUCUUUUGCUA